AGAGAGGACACCAAACCUCAAAAAUGGUUGGCCAUACAGAAAUAGAAGAAGAAGACAGAACAACGACGACUCAGCAACCACUGAUCUCUCUCUGUCUUCGUCCUGCGCUCUUUCUCGUGAUCCACUUCCUCACUUUUUUCUCCCAAUUUAAAUGGGUCCGUCCCCAUCUAUCUCUCCUUCCAUUCAAAAGCCUUACCAAAUUACUGUUUUAGUCAUUCCUCCUCUCACCCUCUCCUUUUGACCCCUUCCAUCUCCCUCAUUUCCUUAAAAAUUUGUGUUUUUCUUCUUCUUCUUUAUUUUGGAUUCGGAAUAAUGAAGUGUUUUCAUUUCUCGAACGGGGAAAGAAGGGAAGAUGAAGACGCCCCGGUUUCGAAGGUAUCCAGGGUAUCCUGGGCCAGGUCCUUGAGCGUGGCGUCCAGCAGUCUUGAUACAAGGCGGUCCGAGCUUAACUCAGACAGCUACUGCUACUCCUCUAGGGACUUGUCUGAUUCGGUUGGGCUCUUCGAGUUACUGAGUCAGAGAAGAGCUAAUGAUUUGCGAGUCUUCGGUUUCUCCGAACUCAAAUCUGCUACUAGGGGGUUCAGUAGAGGUUUGCUUAUUGGGGAGGGAGGUUUUGGCUGUGUUUAUAGAGGCGUCGUUAAAGUUCCAGCUGAUCAUGAAUCAGGUUCCAAGAUGGAUGUUGCUAUAAAACAGUUGAAUCGUCACGGUUUCCAGGGGCAUAGGGAAUGGAUUAAUGAAGUGAAUUUCUUGGGUGUGGUUAAGCAUCCAAAUCUUGUUAAAUUAGUGGGGUAUUGUGCUGAAGAUGAUGAAAGAGGGAUUCAAAGGCUUUUGGUUUAUGAGCUUAUGCAUAAUAAAAGCUUAGAAGACCAUUUAUUAGCGAGGGUAUUACCCAUAACUCUUCCGUGGAUGACAAGAUUAAAAAUUGCCCAAGAUGCAGCUCGAGGGUUGGCUUACCUUCAUGAAGAAAUGGACUUUCAGCUAAUAUUCCGAGAUUUUAAAGCGUCUAAUGUUCUACUAGACGAGGACUUCAAUGCAAAGCUCUCGGACUUCGGACUAGCUAGACAGGGACCUCCUGAAGGACUCGGUCAUGUUUCAACAUCAGUUGUGGGCACAGUGGGUUAUGCAGCCCCGGAGUAUGUUCAGACUGGCAGGCUUACUGCUAAGAGUGAUGUAUGGAGCUUUGGGGUGGUUAUGUAUGAGCUUAUAACAGGAAGGCGAGCAGUUGAGAGAAACCUACCUCGGGGUGAGCAAAAGCUCUUGGAAUGGGUAAAACCAUUUGUAUCUGAUUCAAAGAAGUUCCACCUUAUUGUAGACCCCCGACUGGAAGGACAGUGUUGCAUCAAAUCAGCUCAGAGACUAGCAGCCUUGGCAAACAGAUGUCUAGCAAAGCAGCCCAAGUCGCGCCCUAAAAUGAGUGAGGCGGUAGAGAUAUUGGGAAACAUAAUCAGUGAGACUUCAUCUCAAGAUGAAGGGAUCCCUGAACCUGUUUCUGAAAUUGAAGAGGUUAAGGAAGAGGCCACUGGGGAGAUGGGGGCCGAGUCUACCAAAUCGGGAAACAGUUACCGGAAAAAAGUUUUCAACAUCAGAGAAAUGGUCAACUUGAGAAAUAGAACCAGUGGGAAAUUAGAUUGGAGAAACUGGACACCACGAUUGGUUAGAACUUAACUUCGGGAUAAGAUUUCAGUUUCUACCAGUAAAUAGAAAUGCACAUCCUAGCUCCCUAGGAGAAUGGAAAAUGAAUGGGGGAUAAAUAACAAUGUGAAUAUUUCACAUGCAAUCCAAACAAUAGGAAGGGCAAUGAUCAUCUUUUUAUUUUUGCAAGAUGGCUGUAAAUAUAGGUUUGUCGUGCCUUCAAAGCUCGUGACAUGCAUGUGAUGUUGCAAGGCACAAAUUCACAUUCCUCUGAAGGAUGUAGUUUUUCCCAAAGAUGGAUAGUGAUAUCUGCUCCACUAUGAGGUUUCUAUUUUCCAUUUCCUUGGCUUUGCUUGUCUUCGCGUGUGAGAACUGAUCUGGGAUCCUCUGGCAGAGCUACUCUUGCGUAUUUUCUAGAGAGGCUCUAAAUGUGACUGCACUUUGCAGAAUUACUAUCUGGCUGAGUGGCCGGUUUCAUUCCUUCCGCACCAUCAAGCCCGCUUCUCCCCAGUCCCCAAGCUGGUCCGCUACCAUGUAUAAAAAAAACUUUUUCAAAAUUGCAGAUCAUUGUUGCUUGUCUCUUAAUUGUCGCAUCAUGCAUGACAUUUUCAUUUUAUCUCCCCAGAUAAACACACGUUUAUAUUAUUUCCCGAUAACUUGAUCAAAUACAUUAGCUUGAACCCA